AUGGGGUCAUUGAAGCUGUUUGUGAAAGCUGUACGUAAAGCAAAGACGAUUGCUGAUGAGCGAACGGUAGUUCGGAAAGAAUCUGCGGCCAUUCGUACAUCUUUUAGAGACCCAAACUUGGACCAGACAACUAGACGAAUAAACAUCUCCAAGUUGUUGUACCUCUAUAUUUUGGGCGAGAAAACACAUUUUGGUCAAGUGGAGUGCUUGAAGUUGUUGGCAUCUCCUCGUUUUGCUGAUAAAAGGUUAGGCUAUUUGGCCACCAUGCUUCUUUUGGAUGAAAAUCAAGAGGUGUUGACGCUUUUGACCAACUCGUUGGAUAACGACAUGCAACACCCCAACACCUUCAUUGUGGGACUUGCAUUGUGCUGCUUGGGUAACAUUGCCUCACCAGAAUUGGCCCGCGACUUGUAUGCCAACGUGGAGAAGAUCAUGACACUGACCAACUCCGUAUACUUGAAGAAGAAGACAUGUAUUGUUGCUGCAAAAUUGGUGGAGAAAGAUCCCGAUUUGGCCGAGGUGUUCAUGCCAAAGAUCAGUGUAUUGCUCACCGAUAAAACGCCGCUGGUGUUAUUGGGAACAUGUCGUAUGAUUCUGGCUGUCUAUGACAACUGUCCCGAUGAGCGUGAGGCUCUCAUCAAGUUUUUACCUAAAUUGAUCUCUCAUUUGAAGAGAAUCAUCACCAGUGGUUACAUGCCAGACUACGAUGUCAAUGGUAUUACUGAUCCAUUCUCGCAGGUGACCCUUCUCUCGGUGAUGAGAACACUUGCCACUGAUGAAAGCUGUUCCGCUAAGUAUCUCGAGGAGAUGAACGAUAUCUUGACUCAGGUGGCACUGAACUUAGACAGCGGAAAGAAUGCUGCACAUGCCAUAUUGUAUGAGUGUAUCAAAACAAUUUUCGCCAUCAAAUCAGACCAGUCUUUGAAGGUAUUGGGUGUGAACUUGUUGGGUAAGUUCUUGCUGACUAAGGACAACAAUACAAGGUAUGUGGCACUUGAGAUGUUGCUUACUGUGAUUAACUUUGAGCCAAUGGCUGUUCAGCGGCACAGAUCUACCAUUGUGAGCUGUUUGUCCGAUGGUGAUAUCUCUAUUAGGAGAAGAGCUUUGGAAUUGGUGUUUGCCAUUCUCAAUGAGCAAAACAUCCGUGUUCUCAUCCGUGAGAUUUUAACCUUCUUGGAAAAUUGCACCGAUAACGAACUCAAACCUUUCAUUACUUCUCAAUUGGUCAACGCAUCGUCUAAAUAUGCGCCUAAUGAGAAGUGGCACUUUGACACUUUGGUGCGCAUGUUGAAGGUGUCUGGCAACUAUAUUACCCUGGACAUUGUUUCAAGUAUUUUGGCUUUGGUAAUGAGAUGUAAUGAUGGGGAAUUGAAGAAGCACGUGGUAGGUAAGUUGCUACUGUCAAGUUUGGAGGACCCUACCCAGUAUGGAUUAGCAUUGAUUACCGUAUGGAGUCUUGGUGAGUAUGCGGAUCUCAUCUUGAAUAGCACUAUUGAGGUUAAUGGCAAGUCCGAAAAUGUCUCAGAACUGUCCAUUUUGAAUUUGAUUGAGAACCUUAUUAACAAUUCCAAUUAUUCCCAGACCGAGACAAUCCAACUCGUGACAUUCAUCUUGACUGCAGUGAUCAAAUUGUCAGUGAAGAUGACAAACCCAAAGAGCAUCGAGCAAUUGCGCAUGAUCUUGAACUCCAGAAGCUACGACGACAAUUUGGAGAUCCAAACUCGUGCAAUCGAAUACCAGCAGAUAUUUGGUCAAGAUGAACGCUUGAAACAUGGCCUUUUGGCCAGAAUGCCUCCACCUCCACUCAAGGAGAGACAGACGCUCAGCUUGCAGAAUGAUGGCAAGAGCAAACAACAACAAAAGGGUCCCACAGCUGCUUCCAAUGCCACUGAUGACUUGCUCAACCUUCUUGAUGAUGUUCCUGGUCCAAUCAAACAAGAUUCACAGGCUCAACAAACAAGUAACGAUCUUUUGUCGGACAUUUUUGGUUCCCAGCCGACUCCAAGCGGACCAGCUUCUAGUGGAAUGGCCGACAUUUUUGGCAGCCUGCCAUCGGCACCAGCUAAUGAUAACGCUAUCGAAGCAUUUGCCAAUGGUCACUUGCGCAUCACAUUUAGCCCUGCAUCUUUUCUGGCUGGCCAAGCCGUUGUCAAUGCAGACAUCACGUCUAUGGCGCCCCAAAGUAAGAUUGAACAUGUGCAGCUACUCAUUGCGGUACCAAAGACACAAAAGCUUACAAUGUCUACUACCGCAGGCAGUGAUUCUUUGGUCACCGGUAAUGUCAUCAAACAGGUGUUGAAAAUUUCAGGAAAGGAAGGGUCUAAAAUCAAGUUGAGGGUCAAGGUCAAGUAUAAUUUAGAUGGUGCGACUACAGAGGACCAGUUUGACUUUGCUGGAUUCACGCAUACAUUGUGA